GCGUCCCUCUUUUCCUCGUACUCCGACGUGUCAGUCCUCUUGUGUCCCGAGCUGAGUAGCAGACACACCGCUCAAUCCGAAGACAUGGCUCCCAAAGGCAGCAGCAAGCAGCAGUCAGAGGAAGAUCUUCUCCUCCAGGACUUCAGCAGAAACCUCUCAGCGAAGUCCACCGCUCUCUUUUACGGAAACGCACUCAUCGUCUCUGCCAUCCCCAUCUGGCUGUUUUGGAGGAUUUGGCACAUGGACCUUGUCCAGUCUGCAGUUCUGUAUGCUGUGAUGACUCUGGUCAGCACCUACCUGGUGGCCUUUGCCUACAAGAACGUCAAGUUUGUCCUCAAACACAAAGUUGCCCAGAAACGUGAGGAUGCCGUCUCCAAGGAGGUAACCAGGAAGUUGUCUGAGGCAGACAACCGUAAGAUGUCCCGCAAGGAGAAAGACGAGAGGAUCCUGUGGAAGAAGAAUGAGGUCGCCGACUACGAGGCCACCACCUUCUCCAUCUUCUACAACAACACUCUCUUCCUGGUGCUCGUCAUCAUCGCCUCCUUCUUCUUGCUCAGGAACUUCAACCCCUCUGUCAACUACAUUCUGUCCAUCAGUGCCUCCUCAGGACUCAUCGCUCUGCUGUCCACAGGCUCCAAGUAAAGGAGGAAGAAAAGGGGAAUCAAAUCAGGAGGGGUGGGUUUGGUUAGGAGGGGAGGAAGUGGGUUAAAGAUGGGUAUACACUUGUUUUUCACUUAAGUUAGGAACGGGGUUUGAAAGACCGAAAUAUCACAUUUGAACUUCAUGAAAUUCAUGAUCAAAUGUCUCUUCUGUUUUUUUGUAACAAAUAAAGCAACCAGGUAUACUUUUCCUCUCUGUUAA